AUGUUUAAUUUAAGAAUUCUAAAAGGUUUUAGUCAUACAAUUGAAUUGAGUUCUGAGCAUUAUCUAUAGAAGUAAAUUCAAUCAUGCCAUAACUAGAUAUCAAUCAAAUUUCAAGGACAUCUACAAAUUAUAAUAUCCCCCAAUCCCAGGACAUGCUACCAUUGAUGGAACAAAACAAUAUUCAUCAAAUAACAGUGAGAUUCCAACAUCUCAUUUCAGAACAAAUUAUAGAAACAACUUAGUAUUGUCCAGUCUUGGCAUCGGAUCAUAUUAAGGAGCUCCUGAUUAAAAUAAUGAUAUCAUGCUAUAUGGAUCUAUUAUUGAUAGUGUCUUAUCAGGGGGAAUAAAUGUGAUUGACACUGCAAUUAAUUAUAGAUACAUGAAAUCAGAAAGAGUGAUUGGAGCUGCAAUUAGAGCCUUGAAUAUCUCCAGAGAUUAAUUAUUUAUAUCAAGCAAGGGAGGCUAUAUUCCUGCUGAUGGAGAUAGAGGUAUUCAAGAGACAUAAAUGAUAAGAGAACUUAUCAAUAAAAAUCUUAUUACGUAAGAUGAUGUAGUUGGAGCAUGUCAUUGUAUGCAUCCUAAGUUUUUAGAAAUGUAAUUGGAAGUAAUUGAUAUGUUAAUUUUAGUAAACAUUGAAUCAUUUAGGGUUAGAAACAUUAGAUCUAUUGUAUUUACAUAAUGCUGCUGAGAGUCAAUUACCAUUUUUGGGAUAUGACAAAUUUUAUGAUAGAGUUGCCAAAGCCUUUGAAUAAUACGAAAAGAGCGUUUAGAAUGGUAAAAUUAAAAGAUAUGGAAUGGCUACAUGGGUUUGUUUUAGGGCUAGACCAGAUGAAGAUAGAAUUCAUGUUCCUUUAGAGAAGAUUGUCGAAAUUGCAGAAAAAGUAGGUGGAAAAGAUCAUCAUUUUGAAUAUGUUUAAAUGCCUAUCAAUGCUAUGAUGCCUGAAGCUUUUUCUUAAGAAUGGCAACCAUUUAAAGGGGAAAACACUUAAAUCUUAACUGUUGCAAGAUAAUUGAAAGUAAAUCUCGUCAUCUCAUCACCUUUGAUGGGUGGUACACUUAUGUAAGUUCCAUUGCCAUCAGAUAUAUUUAAAUGCUAAUUCUUAGGAGCAAAACACUUACAAUUUUUGAGAUCCAUUCCUGCUGAAUCAAUUAAAAGUAUAAAAACUUAUUCUAAUUUAAUAGCAAUUUUAAUAGGAUAAAAAGCCAAUCGUCAUACAAAGUAAAACUUAGAGGUCAUCAGAGUACCGCCCUUGACAGCAGAUGAAUUUUGGUCAUUCUUUUAACCAUUAAAAAGAAAAUAAGUCCCUGAUGAUGAACUUGAUAUGCAAUGA